CGGCGUCCGCCUCGAAGGGGCGUCCUCCGGAGCGAAGGGGAUGCUCGGGCGGUGAGCUUGCAGACGGCAUGGAGGACGACUUGGCUUCCGAGGUGGACACGCUGCUUAUUUCAGAAAAAAUGUUCCAUGAUGCAGCCAAACGAAAUGACACGGCGUACAUGGAGAAGCUGAUCAAGAGAGGGGUUGAUGUCAAAGCUAAGAAUAAUAUAGACAGGACCGCUCUCCACUGGGCUGCAGGAGCUGGGCAUGAACAGGCAGUCCGCCUUCUCCUGGACCAUGAGGCCUCCGUGAAUGAUGAAGACAGUUUUGGGAUGAGUGCACUCCUCCUGUCUGCUUGGUUUGGUCACUUACGCAUCGUUCAGAUCCUGGUUAAUGCUGGCGCUAAAAUCAACUGUGUAAAUAAGAAUGGCCACAACCUCCUGCACUGUGCUGCCCAAAGAGGUCAUCUCAGGGUGAUGGAGUUCAUCAUGGAAGAUCUGGAAGAUGUGCAGCUGGAUAAGAAAGAUAAGAUCGGCAGGACAGCAUUACAUUUAGCAGCGGAGAAGGGACAGCUGGAGGUGGUAGAGCUUCUCCUCGACUUAGGUUGUUCUCGCAGCCUCAAAGACAAGGAGAAGAACACGGCCCUUCAUUUGGCGGCCAUGAAUGGGCAUGCAGACGUGUUUCAGAAACUUAUAGAAGCUGGCAUGGACCUGGAUGACAAGAAUGCAGAAGGGAUGACUUCCCUGCAUUUGGCUGCUGAGGGAGGACAUAAUGAUUGCGUUAAGCUACUCCUGGAAGCUGGGUGUGAGGUCAAUGCCCAAACUCAGAAAAAAAUGACCUGCCUUCAUUAUGCUGCACUGAAUGGCUAUGUAGACAUGGCCCGAACCCUUCUUGGUGCAGGAAUCCAGAGAGAUGCUCUGAAUUACCAAAAUGCAUCAGCUAUGCACAUUGCGGUGCUACGGAACUACCCAGCCAUUGUAAAAAUCCUCAUUGAUGCCGAAUGUGACCUUGACAUCCCUGAUAAAAGGCAUCAGAGUCCUCUUCAUAUUGCUGCAGAGCAUGGAAGGCAGGAUAUUGCUGAGAUGAUCCUCAUGGCUGGGGUGAAUUUAAAAUUAACCGAUAAGCAAGGAAAAACAUCACUGGAUGUCGCUGCCCGUGGGAACCAUGUCAAUUUGGCUGAUAUGAUCAUCAAAGCAGACAGGUUUUACAAAUGGGAAAAAGAUAACCUCAGCAGUGACUCUGACUCCUGGGUGGCCGAGCAUUUAACUUUCAAGCAAGACCAUCGGCUGGAAACGCAACAUAUCCGUUCGGUGAUAUGGCGGCUCGCUACCAAAUACCUCAAACCCAAUGAGUGGAAGAAGCUCGCGCAUUAUUGGAAAUUCACAGAGGCACAUAUCAGAGGGAUCGAACACCAGUGGACGGGCACCAAAAGCUACCGAGAACACGGCCAUCGGAUGCUGCUAAUUUGGCUUCAUGGGUCGAUCACGGCAGGAGAAAACCCAAUCAAAGGAUUGUACGAAGGGCUGGUUAGCAUCGGGAGGAGUGACUUAGCAGAAAGUAUCAGGAAACAAGCCAAUGCAAAUUCCCCAACGUCUCCACGGAGGUGCUCAGCAAUGUGAGGUCCAAGGUGCUGCAGAGCAUCCCUACGUGCAACUCUUCCAGAGCUUUCUUUCAGGACUUGCAUCAAAGGGCCACCAUUUCCAAGGGCUUCUUGCCAUCCUUAAUGGCAACCUUUUCCAAUUCAGGUCAGGUCAAUGUAAACCGUCUAUUGCCAGACUCUAAAUCACAGCAGCACAUUCUCAGGGCCUCAGCUGGAGAGACGGAUACGGAUCUUUUUUCCGAGGUCUGAGACGAGGGUGCACUCUGAAGCUUACUUUACAAGUACAUUUUAUCUGGUCUUAUGAUUUCCUAAGAUCACAUUGAUGUGACUUCUUGAAGAAAUGUCACAAUAAAGGGCAGGCUUCCAUCUCUCUAUACAUACCCUUAAAUGGGAAAAUCUCACUGUGAGGUACAGCACCUCCCCUUGUGUGCAGCUUCCUGCUGUCUUAAGUGCAUCUGUGUUGUAGCAGCACAACUGCAGCCUCCAAAUCCCCUUAAUUUUCAUGGCUGCACCUUGCACACUGCGCAAACCUGCAGUGCUA